AUGGCACCCUUUGAAGCACAGUAUGGGAAGAAGUGCCAGACUCCCUUGUAUUGGGACAAAGUAGGUGAGCGGCGUAUUCUCGGGCCAGAGCUAAUACAAACAACCUAUGAAAAAGUGGAUUUGAUCCGUGAAAGAAUUAAAGCUGCCCAAUCUAGGCAGAAGGGCUAUGCAGAUCAAAGGCAAAAGGAUCUAGAAUUCCUCGUUGGUGACAAGGUAUUUCUCAGAGUGUUGCCUCCAAAGGGUGUGAUGCGGUUCAGCAAGAAGGGCAAAUUAAGCCCGAGAUAUAUUGGGCCUUAUGAGAUUCUUGCAAAGGUUGGACAGGUGGCUUAUCGGUCAGCACUCCCACCAUCUCUCGAUGGCGUACACAAUGUCUUUCACAUAUCUAUGUUGUGGAAGUAUGUGCAUGACCCUAGUCAUAUCCUGUCUCAGGAGCUACCAGAGCUGGCGGCAGAUAUGUCUUAUAAGGAACAGCCUGAGAAGAUUUUAGACAGUAAGGUGGUGAAUCUCCGCAACCAACCUAUUCAUUAUGUGAAGGUGAAGUUGUGCAACCACACGAAAGAAGAAGCCUCCUGGGAAGUCGAGGUGGAAAUGUGA